AUGCCUGCGGCCGUGCCCGGCGGCAACGAGUGUGUCGAGGUGCCCUCUGCUGUUCAGCCACUGCCUGGCGAAAACAUGCUAACGCGCUUGCCUGGACUUACGGAGCGGCCAGUGAGCAGCGUGGAGGAAGUGCUGGAGUUCAUGACCGAGGCCCAGUCCAACCGGACGGUGAUGGCCACGGACAUGAACGAGGAGUCCAGCCGGUCCCACAGCAUCGUGCAGGUGAAGACAGUCAACGUCAACCGGAAAGACAAGACGCAGUUCCUGGGCAAGAUCAACCUCAUCGAUCUAGCGGGGUCGGAGAAUGUCAACAAGUCUGGCGUGCAGGGCCAGGGUAUGCGAGAGGCGCAGAACAUCAACAAGAGCUUGUUUGCCUUGGGUGACGUGAUCGCAUCGCUGGUGUCCAAGAACGGGCACGUCCCAUACAGGAACUCGAAGCUCACGAUGAUGCUGAAGGACUCCCUGGGAGGUGACUCCAAGACGAUGAUGAUCGUCCAGUGCUCCCCAGCUCAGAUCAAUGUCACCGAGACGCUGAGCUCGCUGAACUUCGCCUCGCGUGCACGGAACGUGGAGCUUGGCAAGGCGAAGCAGCACAAGUCUUGA